GAAGGGGUGAUCAGGAUUGAUUAUGUUACUGCAAAAUUUGAACACAAGUUAAUUGUGUUCAAACCACUCAAAUCCAGUUUCUCAAUACUGAUUCUGAUAGCAAGUGGAUAUUUAUUAUCUAAUCAGUCUUGGGGCAAGACCAUCAACCUGAUGACUACUAUUCAAUCUGAUAAACACAAAGCACCUAAUCUGACUUUCUCAUUAG